UUGUCCUGUUGAAAAUAUUUUUUAUUUGUAUGUACUUUGUACAAAAUUCAAUAGGGAUAAAUCCGUUAAUCCUUUUCUAGUUAAUUUGUUAUCAUUCCAAUAUUUUGUUAGGCAUUAGUUGUGUAUAAUGAGGUCACUAUGGCAAUUUAUCGUUAAGUAAAUUUGUAUGUACCAUAGUUGGUAGUCGAAGAAGUUUCAAGUGCAAUUUAGUGUUUUACAAAGAUUCUUGUGAUAAGGUUGUGCUUGUAGCUGCCUCAAGAUGAAGUUCGCGGAGCAUUUAAGUGCGCAUAUAACGCCUGAAUGGCGAAAACAAUAUAUAAAUUAUGAGGAGAUGAAAGCCAUGCUAUAUACUACAGUAGAAGAAGCUCCAUCAGCAGAGAAUGUGGAGCCAGAGAUAUUGUCAAGACACUUUGCUAACUUUGACGAAACCUUCUUCCUUUAUUGCGACCAAGAGCUGAAAAAAAUUAAUACUUUUUACUCAGAAAAACUAGCUGAAGCAACUCGCAAAUACGCAACGCUAACAAGCGAGCUGAAAUCCAAUUUCGACACGAUGAAGCCAAAAGGAGGUGGUGACAGCAAAAAGGCUAUACCGCGUCGCAAAGUGCAAGAAUUAAAACUGGCCUUUAGUGAAUUUUAUCUGAGCCUAAUUCUGCUGCAGAACUACCAGAAUUUGAAUUAUACAGGAUUUAGGAAGAUAUUGAAGAAACACGAUAAGUUAUUAAACAUAAACAACGGUGCGCAAUGGCGAGCUGAACAUGUUGAAACAUCUCAUUUCUAUACAAACAAAGACAUUGAUAGACUAAUCAGCGAUACCGAGGCCACGGUCACGAAUGAACUGGAGGGUGGCGACAGGCAGAAGGCAAUGAAGAAAUUAAGAGUACCCCCACUAGGAGAACAACAGAGUCCGUGGACUACUUUCAAAGUUGGACUGUUCUCAGGGUCUUUUAUUGUCCUGUUUAUCACUGUUGUUUUAUCGGCCCUCUUCCACGAACGUGGCGCAGAAAACUUAAAGACAGCGUUUAGACUCUACAGGGGACCCUUUUUACUAGUUGAAUUUAUAUUUUUAAUAGGAAUCAAUAUUUACGGAUGGAGAUCGUCCGGUGUUAAUCAUGUACUUAUAUUCGAAUUGGAUCCAAGAAACCACCUUUCAGAGCAACAUUUGAUGGAAAUGGCCGCCAUUUUUGGCGUUGUAUGGGCAUUGAGCAUUUUGAGUUUUAUAUACAGCGCAAGCCUCAGUAUACCACCCUUCGUGAACCCUUUGGUGUUAGUUAUUAUUAUGGUGGUGUUCAUUAUUAACCCGUUAAAAGUGUUCAGACACGAAGCUAGAUUUUGGUUUAUGAGGAUAUGUGGUCGCAUCCUGGCGGCUCCGUUUAUCCCCGUGACCUUCGCAGACUUCUGGCUGGCCGAUCAAUGGAACUCCUUCGCGGCCGCAUUCUUGGACUUCCAUUACCUCGCUGCAUUUUAUAUCGCAGGAGGCGAUUGGUACACGACAACUGAUACAUUCGAAUUAACGCGCUGGUUUAUAAUAACACGCGGUUUAGUAAAUAUAAUACCAGCUUGGACGCGUUUCUGGCAAUGUCUGCGUCGGUACCGCGACAGUCGAGAUGUGUUCCCGCAUUUAGUCAACGCCGGGAAGUACUCCACCACACUGUUCGUUGUUCUAUUUGCUACAUUACGGACACUACACAAAGACAGCUACUCCGGCCUAUACGACAACCCGUACGUGUACGCGUGGAUCAUCUGUUCAGUGAUAUCGUCGUUGUACACGUAUACGUGGGACGUUAAGAUGGACUGGGGGUUAUUUUCGUGCGGGCCUAAUGCCGAGAACAAGUUUUUAAGAGAGGAAAUUGUGUAUAACACAGGGUUUUACUACUUCGCGAUAGUGGAAGACUUAUUGCUUCGAUUUGCGUGGUCGUUCUCUUUCCUGUUAAGCGACAACUUGCAAAUUGCCAGUGGGGAGACCAUGACGUCUAUACUGGCCCCGUUGGAAGUUUUCAGACGUUUCAUCUGGAACUUCUUCCGUCUAGAAAACGAGCACUUAAACAACUGCGGUCAAUUCAGAGCCGUCAGAGACAUAUCAGUAGCGCCUCUCGACUCCUCCGAUCAAGCGGACAUCAUAAAGAUGAUGGAUCACCCCGAUGGGGUAGUUACCAGGUUAACAAAGAAAAAGAACGAAAAAAAGAAAAAAGACAAUGACCGCAAGCCUUUGCUUAAGAAGGAGUCCAUCCAGGAUUUGCAACUCGAGCUUGACCUAUCUUCCAAAAUGCUAUAAUUUUGGAUAGUAUACCGUCACAAAACCUCCGAAAAACUGCACUAUUGCCAUCUCUUUCACACACCAAGAUAAUUUGUAAUAUGUUAUCUCUGUUAUACGUAGAAGACAACAAUGUAUCUUUAAACUGAAAUAACGUCAAUAUUAUUAAUUACUGCUUUGAAGAUACGAGAAUCUAAUUUCGCUUUAAUUUGUCUGUAUAAAAAACUAGAAUGUUGUCAUUUCUUCGAAAAUUUACUAUAUUGCCAUCUCUUUCUCACCUAGGAAAAACGCCAAUAUUGUUAUUCCUUUCAAUAAUCAUCAUGGCGUCUAUCCAGAGCAUGUAUUGUUUGAUCUGUCUUCAUAAGAAUCCUCUAAUACCAUGUAUAAACUAAUUCUUCAUAACUUAAUAAUAUAAACUCAAUUCUCUAUUUUUGUAACACAUAAAGGAAGCUUCAAUGUUGUCAUCCCUUUCCCACUUGAAGAAAUUUAAAUGUUGCCUUCCUUCAGUAUUUGUAUAUCGAAAGUGAAGGCUAGUAGGAAAACACAAACAUUGAUAUCAAAAUUCAGUACAGAAUGUUGUCUUCUCUUUCACACGUAGCGAAUUCUAUAUUCUUAACAAACUGAAAAACUAUAACUUUGUUGUCCUUUUCACACUUGUUGUAUAAGCUCGAUAUGUGUAAUUAUAAAAUGCGUACGUAACCUGUGAUACCCGUUAUGCUAUACGAUAGUAAUUAUUCCA